AUGGCGCUCCCGGCCGGGCUCCUGCGCCUGGCCGCCGCGCUGGCGCUGGCCGCGGGCGCGCAGGCGGGCGGAGGGACCGCGCGGGCAGAGCCCGCUCCGCCGUGCUCCCCCAGCGACAUCGUUCAUCCCGUCAAGGUGGACGAGAGCGGAUCGUUCCUCUCCUACGAUUUGUCCCACCGGGCGCUCCACCGAAGGUCCCCUUCCUCCAGGAGCAAGUUCCUCGCCUUCUACGAACUGCGUUACCGGGGGGAACCCCUGAAAUUCAACCUGAGCCUUAACAACGACCUCCUGGCGCCCGGGUUCGUCAGCGAGAGGCGAUCCGGGGGGAUCGCGAACGCCAAGAUCCGCUCUCACGCGUACGACCCCUGCUAUAUGAUCGGGGAGGUCCGGAGCCGGGCGCUGACGGGAGGGCUGGCCGCGCUCAGCACGUGUGACGGGCUGAAAGGCGUGUUUCAGCUCAUGAACGAGGACUAUUUCAUCGAACCAGUAUCCACCAGCUCUCGGGAGGAUGGAGCGGCGCAGCCCCACAGGAUAUACAAGCGCCAGGCACCCGAGCACGGGGCAGAGCAAGGCGGGAGGCCACCAGCUCCACGAGAAACCUGUGGUGUGCAAGAAUCUCAGGGUAGCCUGGAGAGGUCUGAGAAGCGGCGGGAAAGAUGGGAACAGAAGCAGCACAGGAAGCGGAGAAUAAAGCAGCGCUCCAUCAGCAAGGAGAAGUGGGUGGAAACGCUGGUGGUGGCAGACACCAAGAUGAUAGAAUACCACGGGAGCGAGAACAUCGAGAAGUACGUGCUGACCGUGAUGAACAUGGUGGCGGGUCUGUUCCACCACGCCAGCAUUGGGAACCCCAUCAACAUUGCGAUAGUGCGACUCAUCCUGCUGGAAAAAGAAGAGGAGGAUCUGAAAAUCUCCCACCACGCAGACAACACCUUGAAAAGCUUUUGCAAGUGGCAGAAGAGCAUCAACGUUAAAGGAGAUUCCCAUCCCCUGCAUCACGACGUUGCAGUCCUGCUCACAAGGAAGGACAUCUGCGCGGCGAUGAACAGACCCUGCGAGACCCUGGGUCUGUCCCACGUGGCGGGGAUGUGCCAGCCCCACAGGAGCUGCAACAUCAACGAGGACACGGGGCUGCCCCUGGCCUUCACCGUGGCCCACGAGCUCGGACACAGUUUUGGGAUUCAGCAUGAUGGAAGCAGCAAUGACUGUGAGCCAGUUGGGAAAAGACCUUUCAUCAUGUCUCCACAGCUCCUGUAUGACACGUCCCCACUCACCUGGUCCCGCUGCAGCCGCGAGUACAUCACACGAUUCCUCGACCGGGGUUGGGGGCUGUGCCUGGAUGACCCCCCUGCCCGGGAGGUGCUGGACUACCCCUUGGUACCCCCGGGCGUCCUCUACGACGUGGGCCACCAGUGCCGGCUGCAGUACGGCGCCUACUCCACCUUCUGCGACGACAUGGAUAGCGUCUGCAACACGCUGUGGUGCACGGUGGGGAACACGUGCCACUCCAAGCUGGACGCCGCCGUCGACGGCACGGCGUGCGGGGAGAACAAGUGGUGCUUCAACGGCGAGUGUGUGCCCGUGGGCUACCGUCCCGACGCCAUCGACGGGGGCUGGGGCUCCUGGAGCUCGUGGGCCUCCUGCUCGCGCAGCUGCGGCGCGGGCGUGCAGAGCGCGGAGAGGCAGUGCAGCAGCCCCACGCCGAAGUACGGGGGCAGGUACUGCCUGGGGGAGCGGAAGCGGUUCCGGAUUUGCAACGUGAGGCCAUGUCCCCCCGACAAGCCCUCCUUCCGCCAGGUCCAGUGCAGCCAGUUCAACCCCAUGCUCUACAAAGGGAAACUCUACAGGUGGACACCGGUGCCCAACAACAUUAACCCCUGCGAGCUGCACUGCCGGCCGGAGGACGAAUACUUUGCAGAAAAGCUGCGGGACGCCGUCAUCGACGGGACGCCGUGCUACGAGAUGAACGCCAGCCGCGACAUGUGCAUCAACGGCAUCUGCAAGAAUGUGGGCUGCGACUACGAGAUCGACUCCAACGCGGUGGAGGACCGGUGCGGCGUCUGCCAUGGGGAUGGCUCUACCUGCCACACCGUCAAGAAGACCUUCGAGGACAGCGAGGGGCUGGGUUACGUCGAUAUUGGGAUUAUCCCCGUGGGAGCCCGGGAGAUCCGGAUUGAAGAAGUCGCAGAAGCUGGGAAUUUUCUGGCGCUGCGGAGCGAGGACCCGGAGAAGUAUUUCCUGAACGGCGGCUGGACCAUCCAGUGGAACGGGGACUACAGGGUGGCGGGGACCACCUUCACCUACAAGAGGACGGGGAACUGGGAGAACCUCACCUCCCCAGGGCCCACUGUGGAGCCGGUGUGGAUCCAGCUGCUGUUUCAGGAGACCAACCCCGGCGUGCGGUACCAGUACACCAUCCAGCGCCCGGCCAACAGCGAGAACGAGCUCGAGCAGGCUGAGUUCCUCUGGCGCUUCGGCUCCUGGACCACGUGCACCGCCACGUGUGGGACCGGGGUGCAGCGGCAGGUCGUGCACUGCGUGGAGAAGCUGGCCGGCAUCGUGGAGGAGCGGUACUGCGACGCGCUCACCCGCCCUGACGACCAGCAAAGGACGUGCAGCGAGGAGCCCUGCCCGGCCAGGUGGUGGGUCGGCGAGUGGCAGAGGUGCUCGGCCACCUGCGGCCGGUCGGGGCUGAUGAAGAGGACGGUGCUCUGCAUCCAGAGCGUGGGGCUGGACGAGCAGAGGGCCUUGCAGCAAGCAGACUGCCAGCAUCUCUCCAAGCCAGACGCCACCGCACCCUGUCACCGGGAGGUCCCCUGUCCCUCCCAGUGGGCCGUGGGGAACUGGUCCGAGUGCUCCGCGACGUGUGGGAACGGGACGCAGAGGCGCCCGGUUCACUGCAGCAACAGCACCGGGGCCGCCUGUGACCCCGCAGAAAGACCCAGCUCGGAGACUGUUUGCUCCUUGCCACAGUGCCAGAAGAAAUCAGACAACGCCAACACGGACUGGUCUGGCAGCGGGUCCUCCAGCAGAGAGAUAUUUAAUGAAAUCCAUUACAUCCCCAGCAACCACAUCGCUAAAUUUAACCCCUUAAUCCCAAAUAUUCCGGAGUCCAAUGACGUCAAUAUCAUCACUGAGGAGGACUUCUCAGCCAAGAAGGGAAAUGUCUUUGUUGAUGAUUUUUACUACGACUAUAAUUUUAUCAACUUCCACGAGGAUCUGUCUUACUAUCCCUUCACGGAGAAGGAGACCAAAGGCGAGGGGCAUAAGCCAGAGCUGAGCACCAACGAUGUGGAGGGGACCCGUGAGAUGCCUCCUGAUGUCCUGCACACCGUCAAGCCGGGAGGAGAAGCAAGUGAGGACCAUCUGGUGACCAGCGAAGCAAACGCUUCUGCUCCCGUGCACGGCGAAGGAGAGACGGAGCCUGGGGGUUUAGCCACGAAUGGCCUCCUGAGCGUGGUCCCCGAGGGUGCGGGGACAGCCGCUCCCAAACACGCCAUCCCUGACUUCACGGGCGAGGAGGAGGAUGCAACGCUCGUGCCCCGCUCCGAGGAGCACCCGCCCACCCAAAGCACCACGAGCCAGGACCCUGGACACAGCCACGAGCACCCGCACCCGGAUGAACCCCGGGGAGCCGUGCCGACGGGGACUGGGACUGGGCAGGGCGCUCCAGCCCACGGCCUCGCUCCCCAGGCUCCUUACCCGGCCGAUCCCUCCCCACCCCUGCCCGCUGGCAGGGGCAGCACCACUGCAGAUGUGUCCGACCGUCUGGGAGAGCUGGGGAGCCGUGGUGAGGGGCGUGCGAGCACGGGGGGGCCCGGUAACGCCGGCAGCGAGGAGCGCGAAGUGGCCGGCUCUGUGGGGAGAGACCAUGAAAACUCAAGGGAAAUGGGGCUUGUCCUCACUGGUGAUGCUCGCGGUGCUGCCCCCCAGGCUGAGGAGCAGGAAGGGUGGGCAGAAAUACCGGCGCCGGAGGGGACGGCGGGCACGCACGCAGCGCCGGCGGGUGAUGAACAAGCCCGUGGGACAGAGAGGGCAGGUCUUUCCUUCGCCACCCCACGGGGACCGGGGUGGGAGAUGGGAAGGAGGGCUGGUGGCACCCAUCCUCCUGCGAGUGUCUAUCCCACGGGUGCUGACGGGGGCCCUGUGGGGCGGGCAGGGCACCAGCCGGAGCUCCGCACCCCCACAUCCCUGAGCUCAGCCCCCCGGGUGGCCACCACAGCCUUUCCACCAGCGGUGUCCUUGUCCCCCGCUGUGCCCGGGCCACCCACCCAGCUCACCUCCACCGGCCUCACCCCACGAGAUGCCCUGGCACCCGCCGUGCCCACAGCCCCAGCCCACAGCCCUCCCGUGCGCCCAGUGGGAGCAUCACCCUCCGAAUUCCCCCCGGCGUGGUGGACCCUGGGGGUGUCCCACCCCCGGGGGCUGGCGUCGCCCCGCGCACGGCAGACCUCCCUGCUCAGCAGCACCGUGCCAGGGGAACACUGGCCGUGGGCAACCCCGGGGACAUUUGCUUUUAAUGAUGGGGGGCACGAGUUAUCCCAGCCCACCCCUGCCCCACCACCGCUCUGGGAGAUGGAAGAGAUGGAGAAGGAGGAGGCUUCGCUUCCGCCGUCGACCACCGUGGCAGCCGCCGCGAUGCCCAGCUGGGAGGUCGGGAACUGGAGUGAGUGCUCGGCUACCUGCGGCGUGGGCGCGAUCUGGAGGACCGUGCGCUGCAGCUCCGGCAGCGACGACGGCUGCGCCGCCGCCAACAAGCCCGUCCCCGCUCGGAGGUGUUCCCUGAGACCCUGCUCGUCGUGGCGCGUGGGGAACUGGAGUAAGUGCUCCAGGAGCUGCGGCGGGGGGGUGAAGGUUCGGGACGUGCAUUGCGUCGACACCAGAGACCAGAGGCUCCUACGGCCCUUCCACUGCCAGGCUGUGCUCUACAAACCGCUGGCGCAGCUCCCCUGCCAGAGCACGCCGUGCCUGGACUGGUACACGUCCUCCUGGAGAGAGUGCUCGGAGGCGUGCGGCGGCGGGGAGCAGGAGAGGCUGGUGACGUGCCCGGAGCUGGGACGCUGCGAGGAAACAUCCCGGCCCAACACCACCCGGCCCUGCAACACGCACCCCUGCACCACCUGGGUGGUGGGUUCCUGGGGAGAGUGCACGGCUCCCUGCGGCGGGGGCAUCCAGCGGCGCCAGGUCAAGUGCAUCAACACCAAGACGGGGCUGGCCGAGGAGGACAGCAGCCUCUGCGACCACGAGCCCUGGCCCGAGAGCACCCAGAAGUGCAACCCGCAGGACUGCGAGAGCUCCGAGCCGGGCUUCGUCUGCGAGCGCGACCGCUUGACGUUCGGCUUCUGCCAGACCCUGCGGGUCCUGGGAAGGUGCCACCUCCCGACGGUCCAUCUCCAGUGCUGCCGAAGCUGCCGCCACCACGGGCACCGCGCGGCGCCCGACCGGGACCGCGGCGACGAGCGGGCGUCCAGGAGGUGACAGGACUGUCCCCAAGGGCAAGAAGUGCCAGGCCCCGCGGUGGCUCCCGCGGCAGCGCGGCGGAGGAGGGAGCUGGGUCCCAACCAGGACUUGCGGCUUUGCCUCGACCCGCGGCAGCGCCGGACGUCUUACAAAACACGGGGAAAGCUUGAUUUCUUUUAGUUGUGCUACACUAUAACGGUGCUCAAACCAUCGGUCUGAAAAAAGGAGGUCUGGCGUGGGGCUGGGUGCGCGGGUCCCGCCGGGACCCUCCGGCGGGGUCACGCUGCUGCUGGGCGCCCGGCGGGGAAAUGUUUUGGGGAAGGGAAACCAAAAGCAGCAAUAAUUCGGGGGGAGACCUCUCAGAAAUGCUUAUGGUGCUAUCGUUUGACAUUUUCAGCCUCUUAAUGGUGUUGGCAGGCCAGCACAAAACUCUUGACUUUUAUUAUUAUUUUUAUAUAUAUGAAGUGAGCAUCUAGCAUUCCAUCCGUACAGCCGACCGUUUGGGUUAGGUUUUUCUUUUUUCCUUAAGGGACUUGAAGCUGGCAACCCAUUUCUGUAAUUUUCAUUAAAAUGUUUAUGCACUGAAGCUAAACGGUAAUUUAAGAAAUGGAGACAGGGCAGAGGAAUAAAUACCAGCUUCAGUUACCCCCACGAGUCCAGGGCUGGCGGUGCGUGCGAAGGCUCCGUACCCUCCUCUCCCCACUGCCGGCUUCCUCUGCCGAAGCCGCUGCCCGUACCGCUGGAGCAGAGGGGAUGGUCAGGGACACAAGUGAAGUGGCACAUUGGUUUUGGAGCCCAACAGUCUUUCCCUUGCGUGUGUUUGUGAAGGAGGGGGAAAGCUGCUCUGGCCCCGGCGGUGAGCAGCGCGUCCCCUUCGCCGCAUCCUUCCUCGAGAGCAGCAAACUCCCCCCACACCUGGAUUUCUGUAUGUAGUUACGGCGUAGCAGUUUAAGGGUUGGUUAAGGUGUUUUUCUGUGUUCUUACAAGCUAAAACCUUUCUUCCUGCUUAUAUAGAAUCACCCCUGUUAAGGUUAGCUCAUUCUUUUAACUAGAAUAUCCAGUAUUGUACGAGGAGCGGCACUCGGCCGGCACAGCCCUUACCGCCCGGCCCAGGAGUGUCCUGUGUUAAUCCCUCCCUGGUUUAGGGCGGGUUUGCUGUUAGAUUUGCCUCCUGGAGGAGGGUCAGGAGUAUUUAGGUAGGAAUUCCUUUCUAUAUUACUCUUCAGGCUAUGGAGGAUGCCCAAAAACUGGGAGACCAUGAAGGCAAUCCUGCAUGUAUUGAACAGAGAAAUGCUCGGGCGCAUCAGCCGUGCCAAGCGUUUCUUCUUCACCUGGGCUGUCGGGAACAACAUUCAAACCCUCAACAGGGGAAAUUCCUGCGUGUAGUUUGUCCUGUGUAAAACACAAGCCAUGACUUCAUCAUUUGUGUUUUAUUCCUUUCCAACGUGGUGUAAAUUUUUAUGUUUCAAGAGCCUGUGUUCAGUCCUGUUUUCCUUCGCACCGGCACCAUCUGUCCCUUGCUUCCGUCGUGCUCCCAGGUUUUGCCAAGGGACAGCCACUAAAUACGGUGGGGUUUAAUGGCUAUAGCUCCUCAGUAUGUUAAAUUAAACAGUUACUGAAGGAAA